AUGGUGUGGAAUGCAUUCUUGGGCCACUCUUUCGCGUCCCGCAAGGACGACACUGAUGUAGCAGCACUCCAAAAAGACUUCAAGCACUCGCUCCCUAUUCAUAGUCCGCUACAGAGCGAUCUCGAUGCUUCGCCUCUGUCAGAGGACAUUGAAUAUCAGAUCAAGAAGUUGCCGCCGAGUAAGCAGAAUACGGCCCGGUUCAAAGUCAAAACAUUCAGAGAUGCGGUCCAGCCGCACACAGACGAAGGCGGUGACGCCGAUUACAUUGGUGAUUGCUACGGGCCCGUGAAUGAGAUUUGUCACAAAGAAUGGUCUGCGGCACAGGAGCCUGGCCCGUAUCUCCAAUAUGUGCAGUUCCUGUCCAAAAAGUUCAAACACCUCGAAUACCUGGCCCUAUGGAUGCUGGUCGGCUGUGCCCCCCCAAAGUGGCGAUUCGUCAAGAAUGAACCGAACAGCCGCCAGGAGCGCAUCGCGCGAACCAACGUCUGUGUCGUAGACUACAACGAGGGCACAGAUCCUGUGCAAUCCAGAUGCACGACGACGCGCGAGUUGAAGGUAUUCCUAGAGGCCGCAGAGCCUCAACAGCCGGAGAUCAGGCUCGUGAUUGUCGAAGACCUGUCUCGUGAUGUGGUGGAAAUGCUAGGCGCUCAUUAUGAUAUUGAUCCACUCUUCUUUGUAUCACACAUUGGAGAUUACUUGUUCCACAACACUCUAGACCGAUGGGUGGAGCUGCCCGAUCUCGAAGUCGAUGCCAAGAAGAGGCCGCACUUCAACCUCCAGUAUUUGCGGCCUCGCUAUUUCCAGUCUGAGCAGGAAUUUGCGACGGCGGAAAAGGAAAGCGGCAUCUUCAAUGUCCUGCGCCGCAUUGAUAGCGACAGAAGUCGUAGACACCUGCAGCUUGGCCUACUGAAUAAGCCUGGUGCAAGCGUCACACUCUCCAGAGCAAAGACCUCGUUAUGGAUCAAGCCGAGAGCAGAGGGCGAGCCGAUUGUCGCUGUGCUCUUAGUUGACCCAUCUGUUAAAGCCGGACACGCUGUCUGGGGCGGCUAUCGGCCUUUCGAAGCUACGCCCUCUAUGAAGGAAUGGAAAGACAACGUCGUGGGAAACGGAGCCGAACUUCCCUCACCACCGCGAACAUCUCUAUUCGAGGACGUUAUCUACUGGAGCUGUAGGAUGACAGCAGAAGACCUUCAAAUCGUCAAGUCAGAACCGAGGUAUAUCGCGCUACCCAUGUACAAGCUCGUCAUUGCCGACUGGCUCGUGGUUCUCAAGUACAUGACGAGCAUGUUCGGGCUGAUUGAGUGGAGUUUUGCGAAGCCACACUGGGGCGAACAACCGAGUGAUAUCGAUGAUCUGCUCAAGAAGUUGGCACCUUGGCGCCGCAACAUGCCAUACUACCAGCAAAUGGCAGAAAAGGCAAUUGUGAGACUGUUUCCCUCUGUUGCUGCUGCACAUCCCACCGUGUCAGCGAAUCGAGUCGUCUCUGCGCCAGACACUACCUCGGGCAUCAAUUCUCUGUGGACCGACUUCAAGCAUGUCAAGCAGCAGAUCGACGACCAUAAGAACCGCAUUGAAAGCAUUCAAACCAUGGCCACCAAUGCAAUCAAUACCGAAGAAGCGCGACAUGCAGUCAAACAAAACCGCAACCUUGCACGAUUGUCAUUCUUGGCAACCUUCUUCAUUCCCCUAAACUUCACCUCGUCCUUUUUGAGCAUGUCACCCGACUUUCCCACCUCCCAGAGCUACACUACGAUUUGGAUUUUCUUUGUCCUCGGUAUUCCCAUCACAGUGCUGGCGUUUAUUAUUGUCGAUUGGACCAAACCGAACAAGAGAGGUAUUACUCGACGAGCCUGGAUCAAGUAUUUUGGAGAAAAGACCGAUGCAGUGGAGGCAAUGGAUCCACACCCUGGUAUCAAGAAGAGGUCGAGGACAAUUGGAACAUGGCCCUUUUAUGGAACCUCUUGA